AUGGGCCAGACGGCAGGCGACCUUGGCUGGCGGCUCAGCCUUUUGCUGCUCUUCUUGCUUCUGGCUCGUGCUGGUGUCUGGGGAUUCCCGAGGCCCCCAGGGAGGCCCCCCCUGAGCCUGCAGGAGUUGCAGAGGGAGUUCAAGGUCAGCCUGCAUCUCGCCAAGAAGUUGCUCUCUGCGGUUCGGGUCCAGGCUCAUCACUUUGCUGAAUCUCACCUGCCAGGAGUGAACCUCGACCUCUUGCCCCUGGGAGAGCAGCUCCCCAACGUUUCCACGACCUUCCAGGCCUGGCGUGGCCUCUCUGACCCAGAACGACUCUGCUUCCUCUCCCUGACACUUCGUCCCUUCCAUACCCUGUUGGGAGGGCUGGGGAGACAGGAGUUCUGGACCAGUUCGGAGAGGAUGCAACUGCAGGCCACGAGGUUGGAUCUCCGAGAUUUGCAGCAGCAUCUCCACUUCCAGGUGCUGGCUGCAGGACUCGACCUUCCUGAAGAGCAUGAGAAUGAGGAGGAAAAAGGACUGCUCCCAGGGGCUCUGGGCACCCCCUUGCAGAUAUCUGCCCAGGUAUCCUGGUCCCGGUUUCUCUACACUUACCGGUUGCUACACUCCUUGGAACUUGUCUUGUCUCGGACCGUGCGGGACUUGCUGCUGCUCUCCCGGGCCGGGAACUCAGUCCAGGCCUUGGGGUUCCCCACGCCCGGCUCCAGCCCUGAUGGAGUGACCUCUUAG